UUCUUUCUUUUCUCUAUCUUUUUUUUUCAAACCAAACAAGGCUGGAUAAGCAUCGAUUGUGGGAUACCAGAGAAUUCCAGUUACACUGAUGACAAUACGGGCAUAUUUUACUCUUCUGAUUCAAAGUUCACGGAAACCGGAUUAAACAUGAAAAUCUCUUCCAUUUACAUGUCCAGCUCCCUUGAACAACAGUUCUCAAAUGUGAGAAGCUUUCCACAAGGAAGCAAGAACUGUUACACCUUCAGACCAGAGCAAGGCAGGGCUUAUAAUUAUUUGAUCAGAGCUUCUUUCAUGUAUGGCAAUUAUGAUUCAAAAAACCAGGUACCAGAAUUCGAUCUCUAUCUUGGGGUCAACCUCUGGGAGACAGUGAAGUUGGAUAAUGCAUCCCAUGUCCAAGUGAAGGAGAUACUGCAUGUUCCCCUCAGUGACUACAUUCAAGUCUGCCUCUUUAACACCAAUCUCGGAACACCUUUCAUCUCAGCUCUGGAGCUAAGGCCUGUGAAUAAUACCGCUUAUAAACCUACAUCUGGAUCCUUGGUGCUCUACGGUCGGUAUGAUGCUGGAGCAACAACCAGUCAGAAAAUCAGGGACCCAAAUGACAUCUACGAUCGAAUCUGGACACCCUUUAGCCUGCCUUAUUUGGAGUCAUUUCAAACUUCGUUUACCAUUGAUGCCCAGAGUUCCAACCACUACAAACUACCAUCAAAAGUCAUUAGCACUGCAGUCAGACCAAAGAAUGGUGGUGGCUUCUUGGAAUUCCGUUUGCCCCUGGAGGAUCCUAAUUCACAGUUUUAUAUGUACAUACACUUUGCAGAAGUUGAAAGGCUCCAGGGCAAUCAGUUGAGAAAUUUCAGCAUUUUCCUGAAUGGUGAACUCUGGUAUGAGCCUGAAGUUCCUACUUACCUAUCGUCAAAUACAAUCUUCUCAAAAGCGCCAGUAAGGGGACAGGAGGUUCGAGUUGCUAUGAAUAAGACAGGAAAAUCCACCCUUCCACCCAUGUUCAAUGCCUUCGAGAUUUAUUUGGUCAAGGAGCUUUUGCACUCACCAACAAACAAUGAAGAUUUUGAUGCUGUCAUGAAUAUCAAAGUAACAUAUGGAGUGAAGAAAAACUGGCAAGGAGAUCCAUGCAUUCCACAGAAUUAUACUUGGGAUGGUUUAAAGUGCAGUUAUGAUGGUUAUAACUCCCCGAGUAUCAGAUUAUUGGACCUGUCCUCAAGUGGAUUGACUGGGGAAAUAGCUUCUUUUUUUGCCAACCUCACAGCAAUACAGCACCUGGAUUUAUCAAACAAUAGCUUAACAGGAUCAAUCCCUGAUUUUCUGUCACAAAUGCCAUCUUUGGAGUUACUGAAUUUAACAGGCAACAGAUUCACAGGAUCAGUCCCAACUGCUCUGAUGGAGAGAUCAAAGAAUGGAUCACUGUCAUUAAGUUUGGAGGACAAUCCAGAUCUUUGCAUGUCAGAUUCAUGCAGACCCAAGAAGAAAAAUAUUGUUGUGCCAGUAGUCGCAUCAGUUACUUCAAUAUUGGUCAUAUUGCUUGCACUGCUUGUAUUAUGGAGCUUAAAAAGGAAAAAGCAAAGAGUCAAUAAAUCUGAUGGGUCAUUGGAGUCAAGCAAUCAACAGUUCGCAUAUAAUGGGGUAGUGGAAACGCCAAAGAAUAAACAGUUUACAUUCUCUGAGAUUGUUAGUACUACCAACAACUUCGAAACAGCCAUUGGUAAGGGAGGAUUUGGCACCGUUUACCAUGGUUUCUUGAAUGAUGGUAUUCAAGUUGCUGUCAAAGUGCUCUCACCAUCAUCAAUUCAAGGGUAUAAAGAGUUCAGGGCUGAGGCUCAACUCUUGUUGCGAGUCCAUCAUAAGAACUUGGUCUCUUUCAUUGGGUACUGUGAUGAGGGAGCAAACAAGGCCAUAAUUUAUGAAUACAUGGCAAACGGAAACUUACAAGGGCAUCUCUCUGGCUAUAAAAAUCUGGAUGAAUUAAGUUGGGAAAAGAGACUUCGAGUAGCAGUGGAUGCAGCACAAGGGUUGGAAUAUCUGCACAAUGGGUGUAAACCACCCAUAAUCCACAGAGAUGUGAAGACAUCGAACAUCUUAUUGAAUGAAACAUUCCAAGCUAAAUUAGCAGACUUUGGGUUGUCCAAGGAUUUUCCCAAUGAAGGCCAAACUCAUAUAUCAACAACAGUUGUUGGCACACCGGGUUACCUUGACCCUGAGUACUACAUUUCUAAUAAGUUGAAUGAGAAGAGUGAUGUUUAUAGUUUUGGGAUUGUUCUCUUAGAACUGAUCACGGGCAGACCUGCAAUUACAAAAAGCUCUGAUGAAAGGAUUCAUAUAGUGCAAUGGGUGAGUUCUAUGCUUGCAACAGGGGAAAUAAGAAACAUUGCUGACCAAAGGUUAGAAGCAGAUUUCAACGUUAAUUCUGUCUGGAAAGCCAUUGAGGUAGCAAUGGCAUGCUUACCAGCUACAGCCAUACAGAGACCAACAAUGAGUGAUGUGGUAAUGGAACUAAAGGAGUGUUUGGCAAUGGAAACAGCACAUAAAGGCGCAUCAAGAGUGGGUGAAUACCAAAAGACCCACUCAAGCAUGGCAAUUGAAGUGACUCCCAUGGAUCCUGAAAUUGAAAUGAGUCCCUCAGCAAGGUAG